AUGUCCGCCAUCCCAGUGUCUGAACUGGGCCUCAACUCGAGCGAGAGCAGAUAUCUCCAACAGCAGAUUGCCGCCUCCCAGCAAGGCUCCAAUUCCUCCCGCGCUGCUUCUCACGCCUCCAGCCAAGGCCGUCUCCUCCUGGAUCCUUCUAGCUUGCAGGCGCUCAGCGCCCACUUUGACCGUCUGAUGUACUCGAUCCAGCAGCGCUGGCAGUAUCUCACGCAGCAGACACAGACAGCAACCCAAGUGCAGUACGACCGCGCUGGCAACGCCAUGCAGAUGGCCGACGCCGAGAUCGCCCGCUUCCGCGCCAUCCUCCGCGAAAUCGACGAGCUUCAAGUGGAAUUCGACAAGGUGCGUCGCAUUGGAGAGAUAGUCAAGAGCUUCAAGUCGCGCGUCGACCGUCUCGACCGCCGGAUAUGA